AUUUGGGCGUAUCGGGCGUCUGGUGACGCGGGCGGCAGCCUUGGGCGGGAAAGUGAACGUGGUCGCCAUCAACGACCCCUUCAUCACCCUGGAGUACAUGGCCUACAUGUUCCAGUACGACUCCACCCACGGGCCCUGGAAGCACAGCGAGGUGAAGGUGGACAACGGCCAGCUGUGCAUCGGCGCCAUGCGCAUCACCGUCUCCCACGAGAGGGCCCCAGAGAGCAUCGGCUGGGGCGCCCUGGGCGUAGACUACGUGGUGGAGUCCACCGGAGUCUUCACCACCAUCGAGAAGGCCUCCGCUCACCUGAAGGGCGGAGCUAAGCGUGUGGUCAUCUCCGCCCCCAGUGCCGACGCCCCCAUGUUCGUGAUGGGCGUCAACAACGACACGUACAACAACUCCAUGAAGGUCGUCAGCAACGCCUCCUGCACCACCAACUGCCUGGCACCCCUCGCCAAGGUCAUCAACGACAACUUCACCAUCGUGGAGGGCCUGAUGAGCACGGUGCACGCCACCACCGCCACCCAGAAGACGGUGGACGGGCCGUCCGGCAAGAUGUGGCGCGACGGGCGCGGCGCCGGCCAGAACAUCAUCCCCGCCUCCACCGGCGCCGCCAAGGCCGUAGGCAAGGUCAUCCCCGAGCUCAACGGGAAGCUGACGGGCAUGGCGUUCCGCGUCCCAACCCCCAACGUGUCCGUGGUGGACCUGACCGUGAGGCUGAAGAAGGCUGCCUCCUACGAUGAGAUCAAGAAGGCCAUCAAGGCGGCAUCCGAGGGCCCCAUGAAGGGGAUCCUGGGGUACACCGAGGACCAGGUGGUGUCCACGGACUUCAACGGGGACACCCGCUCCUCCAUCUUCGACGCCGGCGCCGGGAUCGCCCUCAACGAGAACUUUGUCAAGCUGGUCUCCUGGUACGACAACGAGUUUGGCUACAGCAACCGCGUGUGUGACCUGAUCCUGCACAUGUACUCCAAGGAGUGACGGCACCACGCAGACACAGCCUGUUCUUAGCCCCUUCCAUGGUUCCUAGCCCCCUCCCCUGGUUCCUUGCCCCCCCCCCCCCCCCCCCCCCCCCCCCCUCCCGCUGGUUCCUGGCUCCUAAGCCAGUUACUUGCCCCCCCCCGCAGGGUUCCUGAGCCUCACUGUAGUCCUUUUUAGAUGGCUUUGAAACCGUUUCACUGUAUGGUCUAAACUGCUUUGUCUCUCUGACGCAACAAUAAACAUAAUUUGUGGAA